AUGUCCAGUGCUCCCAGCACUAGCAUGUCGUUGGCAGAGGACGGAGCAGUGACCUGGCUCCCCGGGAACCGUGGCCCCAGGCUGCCGCUUGAGUUAAUUGCCAUUAUUCUCGAAGAAGCAUACGCAACAGGUUCGAGACAGAGUAUAGCGCGCCUUGCUGGACUCUCAAAGGCCUUGCUACCCAUUGUACGUCGCCUGAUCUUCAAGGAGAUCCGCGACAUAUGCGAGAUUUUUCAUCUGUUCCCCAAUGUCGUCCUCCAAUCGAGCGACCCCGAUGAUGACUAUGUCGACUGCAACUCGAUUCACGGCUGGGUCUUGUUCAGGAAUGUGUUUCCCGUCAACCUGCAGGCGGAUAUGAUCUGCAACGCCCUAGGUUCUAAGGAAGUCCAGGCUACCCUGGCCUAUGUGGAAACCGUGGGCAUGAACGACAAGGGGCUCUCCGCAAACACCUUGCGCCUUCUCCAAGACUGGUGCCUAGCGUCGCAAUCCACACUCUUCCCCAACCUCCGCGCCGUUACUCUUCCGCUCUCCUACGGGGGCGAGAACGGAGGAAUCUACGGUUCUGCGUACUACCCAGACCUCGUUCUAACACUUACCGUCCGCGAGCUCAUUUUUCGCCUGGUCCUCGAGGCCCGCACAAAUCCAUCUCCGUCUCCCCCAACGAAUGCCGCGUCUGUCACCGCGCUCGCAGAGAAAAUCACCUCGAGAUCCCCGCACCUCAAAGCUCUCUCAUUCACCACGCUAGUUGGUGGGUACGACUAUGGCGGCCCAUCUCGGGAGGUCUUCAACGCCUUCUUCGAUCAUCUCCCGGGUUCACUCCCCGCCCUCGAGUUUUUGGAUGCCCGCGGCCUCGACUUGAGCUGGAACUCGGUCAACGCGUUGCCUGGCUUCUCCAACCUUACCGAGCUCAAGCUAUUCAUACCAGGCACGUUCGAGUGCAGCCUGAGCCACGAGUCUCCACUUCAAACCGCCUCCCUCCCUUCGAUCGACCGUCUUCUUUUCCCCAACCUCCUCCGCCUCAAGAUCCGUUACGCGGCUAUCAGUGCUCUCCUGCACUUUAUCGUGAACCUUCGAGUGCCCCAGUUGCACAAGCUCUCGCUGACGCAACGGCCGGUCGCUUUCCCCGUCAACAGCACAGGCAACACAUCUUUGAAGGACCGCGAGCUUCUCAAAAUCCUCGAACAUUGCGGCUCCAACCUGGAUAGCUUCGCGUAUCGCGGCGUUGAUAGACUGGUGGCCGUGAAUAGCCACAAUGAGGUCGACACGCCCAACGUCACCUUGCAAGGAGUUCAGGUCGCCCUUCAACAUUGCCCUCACCUGACGCGCCUCAAACUCGCCUGCGAUUUUGCCGCCAUCUGGACGCAAAAUCUCAGUUCCGAUCCGAUCCACGAUUCCCUUGAAAGUUGGGACCUGCGAAACAAGGCAAACACGACUGGUUACGUCUUUUUGAAAAACUGGGCAACACAUGCCUUUCCCAACGCGGCCCUUUAA